AUGGUAACAGAAAGCUUUGAUAAUUUAACUUUGUUCAAGAAAAACGUGACAAAUCUUGCUACUAAAUUGAUGCAGUCUAUGUGGAUGGACUGUAGCUAUCACAAACAUUUGAAUUUCUUAACUUUUGAUCAUCAUGUGAAUUUGUCGAAGCUUGAGUUUGUGGCACUUGAUAUCUCUGGAAAGAAUUACUUAUCAUGGGUAUUCGAUGCUGAAAUUCACCUAGAGCCAAAGGACAAAGCAAAGGUAACGAUUUUCCUUCGUCAUCAUCUGGAUGAAGGAUUGAAGGUUGAAUACCUGACAGUGAAAGAUCCACUUGAAUUGUGGACUGGUUUGAAGGAAAGAAUUACUUCCCAAUUGAAGUUAUGUGGGGAUAAUAUAACUGACGAGGAUAUGUUGGAAAAGACUCUUACGACUUUUCAUGCCUCCAAUUUGGUAUUACAACAGCAGUACCGUGAGAGGGGUUUUAAAAAGCAUGCUGAUUUGAUCUCAUGUCUUCUUGUGGCUGAGUAG